CUUUGGGAAACAAGCACGAAAUGGUCCCGAAGAGCUGAAAAAUAUAUAAAGGAGCUUGGCUUCCAUUGAUUACCUCCUUGAGUUUGAUUAGGUCGUUGACGCUCAAAGGGCAUGGCAUUAUUUUAAAAAAACACACAAGAAAAUAAUAAUACACAGACGAAGUCCAGAUGGAAUAUUCGAAAGAAGAGAGUAACACCAGAAAGAAAGGGAUGACACAUGCCCUCCAAUCCAUUGGAUCUUUUCUUUCUUGAUUCCAAAUAUAUAUUUGAACAUUUGCGAAAACAACAGCUUCUUGUCUCAAACCAACCAGCCAUUCUUAAAGAUUUUCAGACACGUUUCCCAAAGAGAGAAUAUGGAGUUUCAAGGAGCAGAAGAGAAGAACAUGGAGGAGGAAGUAGCAGCAGUGAUGGAGGAGGUAAUAUAUGUUGCAGUAGGGAGAGAAACUGCGAAGAACAAGUCAAAUCUAACAUGGGCAAUAGAUAACUCCCAAGGGAACAAGAUCUGCAUCCUUCUUGUUCACCAACCUCCUCAUACGAUUCCUGUUUUGGGUACCAGAUUUGAUGCUGCGACGGUAGAUGAAGAGUUAGUGAGAGCAUAUAGAGAGAAACAAAAGGCGAAAACAGACAAGAUUCUUGAUGAGUACCUUACAUUUUGCCUGAAGAAAGGGGUCCACGCAGAGAAGCUUUGCGUUGAGAUGGACUCCAUAGAGAAGGGAAUAGUGCAGAUGUUAUCUGAGAAGAGAGUCAGGAAGUUUGUAAUGGGAGCAGCUGCAGACAAACACUAUUCAACGAAAAUGGAGGAACUGAGGUCGAGGAAGGCCAUCUUUGUAUGCCGACACGCAUCUGCGACUUGUUGCAUUCGGUUUAUCUGCAAAGGCCAUCUCAUCCAUACAAGGGAAGGUAGAAUGGAUGAAGUGCGAGCUCUCUCAGCUCUAUUAUCGGACUUUCAGAGGCUUGUGUACUCGCAAAGCAGCUCCAAUUCAGAUAUGCGGAGUGAAAGUUUAAAGGGGAAAAGCGAGGUGGAGGUGGAGGAGGAGGAUAGAACAUCAAGAACCAGCUCUUCUCGGUCUGUUGGUAACUUGUCAUACUCUGGAGGAUCUGAGGCUUCACCAAGUAUAACAGAUGAGAAAUCAAACCACUCAUCUCCUCCUCCUUCUUUACCUUGCACGGGGAUGGGACUAGGCAUGAUAAGCAUCCUGAUCCACUCCACCAAACUCUGGCAUAAGCGUGCAAUCCAAAACCACAAACAGUGUGAGUGACCCUCACCCAUCCCUUACCUGAGAAAGCUUACAGAAGAA